GCCGAGGUGUGCAGGCGGUGCGGGCGCUGCAGCGGGAGGCGACAUAGCCGAGGCGGAUAUGAGGCACCACGGGGGCGCAGGGGGCUCCUCUCCUGCAGCCAACACUCGCAAAACGCCGACUGUCCUGGGAAAUAAAACCAACCAUAUGAGCGGUUCAUGAUAAGGAAAAUGACAUUUCGUCUUAUUUUUGACUAGAACUAAGUUUGAUCAUCUUAUUGCGCCGAGAACAUUUUUAAAAUAUCGCGAUGGGAAACUUCUGUGCGCGAAACCUUUUAUUUUAAUUAGAUGUGGUCUACAACAUCAUGCAUUAAAGAACCUCCACCGACCGGUUUCAUGAUGGAUUUCUCUCUGGAUGGUGCAUGCAAAUCAGUUUGGCUUGGUCUGGCCGGCAGCAACCUCAGUACCAGCGGAGGGACGAGCGGCUCCGGUCUGGCGUGCAACCAGAGCAUCCUGAAGCAUCCGUACUCGCUGGCGGCCACCGCUGCCUUCGCUACCACCAUCACCACCAUGAUGCUCUUCACCAUCUUCGGCAACAUUUUGGUCAUCAUCGCCGUGCUGACCAGCCGUUCCCUCCGCGGGCCCCAGAACCUGUUCCUGGUGUCGCUGGCUGCCGCUGACAUCCUCGUGGCCACGCUGAUCAUCCCCUUCUCCUUGGCCAACGAGCUGAUGGGUUACUGGUAUUUCCACUCGACGUGGUGCGAGAUCUACCUGGCGCUAGACGUGUUCUUCUGUACCUCGUCCAUCGUGCACCUGUGCGCCAUCAGCCUGGACCGGUACCUGUCGGUGUCGCGGGCUAUCAAGUACAACGCCCAGCGCACCCCCGGGCGCAUCAAGGCGGCCAUCCUGGUGGUGUGGCUCAUUUCGGCCGUCAUCUCCUUCCCCCCCUUACUCUCCAUGAAUAAGAGGCAGGAGAGCCAGCAAGGCCCCCAGUGUCAGCUCAAUGACGAGCGCUGGUACAUCCUCUACUCCACCGUCGGCUCCUUCUUCGCCCCCUGCCUCAUCAUGAUCCUGGUCUAUGUGCGCAUCUACCAGAUCGCUAAGCAGCACACGCGCUGUCCGCCGGGGGAGCCCAGGAAGGAGGGUGUCACUCAUGCCUCGGAGGUCAAGCCUCAGGCACAGCAGAAUGGCAGCGGCAAUGGCAGUGGUCUGGAUAUCGCUCAGAAAAGAAGCCUGCGGAGACCCCCUGACCUCGCCGUCCCGGCUUUGGCCGACAGGGGACAGGCCGAGCAGCCUGCCAACUCCCAUGGCAAACUCCCCUCGCCAACGCCAACUCCCAGUCCAAUAACGCCCUCUCCCAUCAUCGGCCCCAAACCCUCUCCACCCACCGGCGCCGCCAUGGUCAGGCUGCCAGAGGACAUCUUUAGACGUGAGGAGAGGAAGGGUACUAUGAGGCGAAGUAUCGACAACAGCAACCGUGACAGCUCCAGCUCGGGCUCAGAUGUAGAGAGGGGGACUAUCGGACCCCGAGGUGACGGGUCCUCCAGCUUGGCAGGGUCUCCAGGCGGUGGGCUUCUCACCCCAGGCUCAGCACGGCGCUGUAGAGAAACUGUCGCCACGUCGGAGGGAACGGUAUUAGCUGAGAAAAAGGCCAGCCUGGAGAACACGCCCAACACCGCCCGACGAAAAGCCCUCGUCAACCGGGAGAAACGGCUCACCUUCGUGCUGGCCGUGGUCAUCGGGGUCUUCGUGGUCUGCUGGUUCCCUUUCUUCUUCUCCUACAGCCUGCAGGCCAUCUGCCCAGAGUCCUGUAGCCUCCCGCAGCCGCUCUUCAAGUUCUUCUUCUGGAUCGGCUACUGCAACAGCUCCCUCAACCCCCUGAUCUACACCAUCUUUAACAAGGACUUCCGCAAGGCCUUCAAGAAGAUUCUCUACAGAAGCAGAAAGGACACGCUCUUCUAGAAGGUCGCUCCGCCUUUGAGAGGAGGCAGAGCUGCUUCGGGGAUGUCCGUAGUGCUGAGGUGGUGUGUGAUUUCUUGAAUGCGUGGGGUUUGCUGGACAUUCGUCUCCUGUGAAAAAAGACUUGAUGACCUUCUAAA